CAUUCUUUCUUGUUCUCUAAGAAGCUAACACCUGGCCCCGUCUCCCCUCUCCUCCCCCAGUUGUCAUUCCGGCGGCUUCAGCUGAGCAAACGAGCGCCAGAAGUAACCCACGAAACCGCCCUAGGGUUUUGGAGAGAAUCGGCGGAGACUUCGCCGUCGCCGCAGGAGCCCACCGCAGGAUCCCACCGCUUCCCCACUUCUCCGUCACUUCCGGCCUGUUUCAAUGAAGUAAAUUCUAAGGAUUUGGAUUCCGUUUCCCCUAUCCAAACUGACUGUUGGAAGUUGACGUGCUUUCCAGAUUGCAAUUGUCUUGGUUAAUCUUAGCUUAUUGACAGAGAUGGCUGACAAUGGUAGUGCCAAAGGGGGAUCUAGUGCCUAUAUAAUGAAUCCAGAGAACUUCAGUAAGCGGCUGAAGGUAUUCUAUGACCAUUGGAACGAGCACAAUUCUGAUCUUUGGAGUUGCUCAGAUGCUAUUGUCAUUGGUACUCCAGCACUUGACGACCCUCCGCAUUUGAAAUCCAUAGCCCUGGAGAUUUGGUUACUUGGAUAUGACUUUCCAGAAACAAUAAUUGUCUUCAUGAAGAAUCAAAUACAUGUUUUAUGCAGUAAGAAGAAAGCAAAUCUUAUCGGGACCCUUAAGAAAGCUGCAAAUGAGGCUGUUGGUGCUGACAUUGUGUUGCAUGUGAAAACCAAGAAUAGUGACGGUUCUGACUUGAUGGAUGACAUAGUGCGGGCUGCUCAGGCUCAAUCAAAAUCAGACAAGCCAGUUGUUGGACACAUUGCCAAAGAGGUUGAUGGGGGUAAACUGCUUGAAACAUGGGCAGCAAAGUUAUCUUCGUUUGGCAUACAACCUGCAGAUGUAACAAUUGGAUUUUCUGACCUCUUUGCUGUGAAGGACACCACAGAGGUCACGUGUGUGAAGAAGGCUGCUUACUUAACUUCAUCUGUUCUGAAAAAUUUUGUGGUUCCUAAGUUGGAGAAGGUUGUCGAUGAGGAGAAGAAAGUCUCACACUCAUCGUUGAUGUUUGACACAAUGAAGUCUAUUCUUCAUCCGCACUUGGUCAAGGUGAAACUGGAGCCUGAUGAUGUUGAGAUAUGCUACCCUCCAGUCUUUCAAAGUGGGGGUAAGUUUGAUCUCAAGCCUGGUGCGUCUAGCAAUGAUGAAUACUUGUAUUAUGAUUCAGCAAGUGUUAUCAUCUGUGCACUGGGUUCCAAAUACAGUAGCUAUUGUUCAAAUGUUGCCCGGACAUAUCUUAUUGAUGCUACCCCUAUGCAGCGUAAAGCAUAUGAGACCCUUUUGAAAGCUCAUGAAGCUGCUGUUGAACAAGUGAAACCAGGAAAUCAGAUGAGUGCAGUUUAUCAAGCUGCUGUGGCAGUGGUUAAGAGGGAUGCCCCUGAACUACUUCAUAAUCUAACAGAGUCGGCGGGAAAUGGAAUAGGCCUUGAAUUCCGAGAAUCUGGCCUAGAUCUGAAUGCCAAUAAUGAUGGCAGGGUAAAACAGGGAAUGGUUUUUAAUGUCUCCCUUGGCUUUCAUAACAUCCAGGUAGAAACCACCACGGCUGAGAAGACAAAGCAGUAUUCACUGUUGUUAGCUGAUACAGUUUUAGUCAAUGAAAGAGGACCAGAGAUCUUAACAGCACCUUGCUCCAAGGCAGUCAAAGAUGUCGCUUAUGACUUCAGCAAAGAUGCAGUUAAGAUAGAGCGUAUGAAAAAGAUAAUGAAUAUGAAAGAGAAUAUUAGAAACAUUUGUAUCUUUGCUCCAGGUCAAGCCAAUAUUGUGAAAGCACUAUCAUCUGAGCCUACACUUUUGGCUCCAGAAAUGAUGAGUGAUGCAAUUGCUACAGGAGAAGAACCUGUGGCACUAUACUACAGACUGGGUAAAGGUCCCAGAGAUACGUUUCUAGUGAAUGUUAUCCACUGUCCUGAAGUUACUGAUUCAUCAAUGGAGUUUAAUGCUUCACUCUCCAUUGUAGAUGGAGCAUUUGUAAAAGUUGAUUUAAAUGAAGGGUUAACCCUCCAGUGUGAAAAUUUUAUUCGCCAAGCACUCUAUGAAAGUGUAAUACCCGUACUCUGUAUUGAUGUCCCUGAUAUAUCAGGAGUUCUCAAAGAUUUGAAAGAAGGUGAGCAAGUUGCUGAAGCUUAUGAGGAAGAAUUUUAUUGCAAGUUAUCAAAGCUUAUAAAAGAAGCAAAUGACAUAGGGAAUAAAUAUGAGAAUAAGCUGCUUGAUGAUGUCACAUUUGAUCCCAGGAAAGCAAAUGUAUGUUUCUCUUCCUCUUCUUCUGGAUGGGCAUUUACCUUGGAUGAUUUUGCGAGAUUUUGGUCACAAAAACUUGGUGUGGACUAUUCUCUGUUGUUGGAAAGGUCAUGGGGCGAUAAUUUCUAUGAUCCAGAAAGUAAUAAAUGGAGUACAGUGCACACCGAAACCUCUAAGCGAGGUUUUUCAUACUAUUGCACUAGCUUCAUCAUGACCAUCUGUCAGCGCUGCCUCAAAGGUGACCUGGGGAAUCUUGAAGCACUCUGCUUUGGUGAUACAGUUAAAGUUCAACAACAAUUUGUGGGAAAAGUGGGAAUUCCUCUUUAUAAGGAUUUCAUUAAGAAAUUUCUACCAGCCGGUAGAACUUUUAGUAGAAUGAUCAUUUGGAAGCUCCCGUCUGUGCAAAGAGCUCAACAGUACCGAUUUGACCAUCUGUACAGUGGGCCAAUCAAUGAUGAAUGUGCAAGAGCUAUUAGUAAGUGCGACUCGAAAGGUCCGCUGAUGCUAUACAUAUCAAAGAUUGUUACUGAUGCUAAAACACAUGAACCAAUUGCCAUUGUUCGUGUGUACUCUGGAACUGUUUUGGCUGGUACGAUAGUCAAUAUCUUGAGUCCUGCAGCUGAAGAGAACGAUGCGGUUAGACAGAGCGUUAAAAUUGAUCCAAUUAUGUGGAUAGGAAAAAGACAGCAGCAGGUUAAAACUGUCCAUUGCGGCAAUGUUAUUGGGCUGAGGGGGAUUCAUCAGCUUGCUGAAGUGGGUUGCACACUGAUACCACAAAACUUGAAGACGACUUUUCGCAUUAGACCAAUCAGCUUUUAUCUCACGAACAAUAUGCAAAUAAACGAUGUGACUUUAGGCUCAACAUGUGAAAACCAAAUGAACCCAAGUAAUGGCACACCUUUUUCUCUGCCAUAUGCAGUAUAUAGUGGCCUCUUUUCUCACCAGCGCGAAGGUAUGUUUUGGUUUUGGAGACUCCAUUGUAACAAUACAGGAGGUAUCUUAGCAGAUGAUAUGGGCCUCGGUAAAAGCCGUCAGGUCUCUGCUUUCCUACGGGGCCUAUUCAAUUCAAAUUUGAUUAGCAAGGCUAUAAUUGUUGCACCGCUAAGUGUUAUAUAUAACUGGAAACCAGAGUUAACAAAAGUUGGUCUUCAAAGCAAAAUGUUCACUGAAGGUAACUCUAAAAUCCAUCUAGCUGCCCUAGAAAAUGUUGGAAAGGAAGGUGGUAUUGUUUUGACUACCUAUGAGACUAUCCGUGACCAUAAGCAGAAAAUAUCAGAUAGGCUUGGUACUGUAGACUACAUCUUUGCUGAUGAAGGUCACAGAAUAAAAAAUAAAUAUGCGGGUGUUUCCAAAGCACUUAAGAAGAUAAAAUGUGACCACAGGAUUGUGGUCACCGGGACACCCAUUCAAAACAACUUAAUGGAAUUUUAUACCUUAAUGAAGUUGUGCAAUCCAACAUUGCUGGGCAAAAAGAAGGAAUUUAAGGAGAAUUUUUUAUUACCUAUCGAUCGUGGAAAGUUCAAAGGAUCAACUCCUAGUGCGAGACAACAAUCCAUUGAGUGUUCAGAGGAAUUAAACAAAUUGGUUUCUCCAUUUGUUUUACGAAGAAGCAAAAUGACUUUGAAGGAUUCUGGGAGGAUAAAGGCCAACAAGUAUGAGGUGAUUGUCUGGGUGAAACUAAGUGCUCAUCAGGCUAACCUUUAUAAGGCCCUCAUGGGUGACCGCAAACCCAGGUCGAGGAAACAUGGUGGAGCUUUCGAAAUUUCAAAAGUGGCAAAAAGCCUUUGUUUGGAUCCCAGUAUCAUUGGAACGACAAGUGCCAAGAAUAUUUCAGAACAAUUUAAUAGCACCUUAGUGAAGACAAUCACCACAACAAAUAGAGAGUUCACUUCAAGUAAAUUGAGCUUUCUGCUAUAUUUCCUGCCCCUUCUCCUGAAUGAUAAACACAAAAUUCUUGUGUUUUCGACCUCCCCAGAAAUGCUACGAGUCCUUGAGGAAGCUUUAUCUGCCAAAAUUAAUGAAGAGAUUAUAAGGAUGGAUGGGACCACGACUUGCGAAGACAGAGUCAAGCUUAUUGAUAAUUUUCAACGGAAGGAUGGACCACCUCUAUUCCUUCUUACUACGAAAGUAGGCGGAGUGGGAAUUAACUUAACUGCAGCAUCCCGGGUUAUAAUAAUAGAUCCUUCAGAUAACCCAUGUGAUGAUAAUCAAGCGGUUGAUAGAACAUACAGGAUCGGACAAGUAAGAGAUGUUAUUGUGUAUCGCCUCGUCACAUGUGGGACAAUAGAAGAACAUACAUAUAGGCAACAGACUUUAAAAGUUGAAACUUCAAAUGAUGUUUUAGAAGGUAAACAUUGUGAGCGAAAAAUUUCUGAGAAGCAAGGACGCGUUUUAUGUGUCCCAGUCCAGGGUUAUGAUGUUUCACAAACGCAUUUGGAACUGGUUAAAAUGUAUGGCAAUACAUUUGAAAGCUCCUCAGAGUUGAAGAGAGAUGUUGAUUUGGUUAAGAAGCAUCGUUCUAUCUUUGAUGUAUUUAACCAGAGUGCCAUCUGUUUGUUACCAAAAGAUGUGCCUUCUUGUCCACAGCCUCCAUGUCGUUCAGAUCGUGUACACAGUCAAUAUGGUGUGGGUUUAUUACCAAAAGAGAAAGGAACCCAAGUUAUGGAUUGUUCAGGCAAAACAUGCAGUAAACCAACAGCAUCCAGCAAAACUGUGGAUGACCAAGAUGGGGAUGACGAUUAGGAGAUUACCAAGAAUUGGCGCAUGUUUUGUUUCUUUUCUUGCAAACUGUGAUGUUUUUGCUGCUGGUUCUGGAUGUAGCCACUGCAUUUGAUAGAAUUUGCUCCUUGGACAAACUGUGAUGUUUUUGCUGCUGGUUCUGGAUGUAGCCACUGCAUUUGAUAGAAUUUGCUCCUUGGAACAAUCUAAAAACUACUUACAUUUCCGUUGCUUCAGUAAUGGCAAAGGUACUACUUGAGAAUAAUCUUAUCUAGUCCUACCAACAGUGGACACGCCGAGGGCCAGAGAGGAUCUUACAGAUGCUAUUUGUAAUUGUAUCAUAUCUACACCCUGUUUACAUCAAUAAUUCAAUGUAUAUUAGUUCA